AUGUCAAACUUAAAAAAUCUUAUCAAACAACGUGGUGUAAUUAAAAAUAAACUUUCAUUGUUCGAAAAGUUUAUUAUAAACACUGAACAAACAAUUAACGAAUCACAGGGUGAUCAAAUACCUGAUAAAACUCUAUUAUUUGAAAUCGAAGCUCGUUUAGAACGACAAAACUCUUUAUUAAACAAAUUUGAUGAAUUGCAAGAUCGAAUUGAUCUAUUGAUCCAACCCGAUCAACAGGAUGAACGAAGUGACGAAAGAGAUUCAUUUCAAAAUUCUUAUUAUAAACACAUAUCCUUGGCACGCGGUAUAUUAAGCAAAUUCAGUAAUACGAUGCAAUCUGACACUAAUAUACAGGGUAACUCUAACGAUAGCUCGUGUAAUUCAGGGGGCAAAUCUUGUUCUUGUGAAAAUAGAGGAAAUGUUAAACUCCCGGAGAUAAAAUUGCCAAUGUUCCGAGGAGGGUACCAGUCGUGGAUGGAGUUCAGAAGCUUAUACACCGAGCUUAUUCAUACAAAUACAGCAAUAAAAGAUGCAGAAAAAUUAUAUUACCUUAAAACUCAUCUUGAUGAUAAUGUCAAACGUUUAAUAGCUAAAAUAGAUGUCACAGCUGAAAAUUAUAAAAGUGCCUGGGAUAUUAUAAAUCAAAGAUUUAAUAACAAACGUAUGUUAAUACAUAAUAAUCUCAAAACACUUAACAAUAUAUCAGUAAUAACUCAAGAAUCUUCUUCAUCAUUAAGACAACUUUGUGAUGAAGUAUUUGAAAUAUUAAGGUCACUAAAUCAGCUAGGUGUUCCCACUGAAAAUUGGGAUCCUUAUAUUAUUUUUCAUUUAGCAUUAAAACUAGAUAAAAAGACUGCUGAUCACUGGGAAGCCUAUAAAAUUGCAGGUGAAAUACCUACACUUGAAGAAUUUAAAAACUUUCUUAAUGAGAGAGCAAAUCUACUCGAGAGAAAAGAAAAUAACGAUUCUAGAACUUCUAAUGCAAAGCCAAAAUCUUACGGAAAAUCGUUUCUGUCUACCAACAAUCAUAACAAAUGCUUUUUUUGCAAUGGUGAUCAUUGGAUUACUAAUUGUAAUGAUUUUCUCAAAUUAAAUGCAAAGGAUAAAUUUGAAAAAGCUAAAGCUCUGAAACUUUGUACUAAUUGUCUGAGAAACAAUCAUAAAGUAGCAAAUUGUAAAUCUACCUUUUGUAAAAAGUGUAAUCUUAAGCAUCAUAGCUUAUUACAUUUUGAAAACUCUAAUUUAAAUGCUAAUCAGGGAACUAUAUGCCCACAACAAUCUAAUCUUAAUACAGAGGAUGCAAUUACCUCUACACUAGAGCUCACAAAUAAUUCUAAUAUUAGCUGCAAUCAUGCACACAUAAAUAAUGUACUUCUUUCAACUGCUUUAAUAAAUGUCAAAGAUUCAUCAGAUAACUUGCAUGUAUGCAGGGUACUUUUAGAUUCAGGUAGUCAAUCAAAUUUUAUAUCUAAAAAUUUGUGUGAUAAACUUAAAAUACCUUUGUACAGUACACAAGCUAAUAUUUUCGGUAUAAAUCAAGUAACUACUCCUGUAAAAUAUCGAUGUACUAUAUCAUUUUCUUCUUUAUGCAGUGAGUUUAAGCAUACAAUAUCAUGUUUGAUGUUACCAAGUAUCUGUAGCAAAAUACCAAGUACUCCAAUUGAUCUUUUAUUAAUUGCCUUCUAA